GCGCUCCCCUCCCCAGCCGCCCGGGCCGCAGCCAAUUCCCGUCGGAACCAGCCCGGCCAGUUCUGCCACCCACUGAUUGCCAGACAAUGACACAAGAAUACGACAACAAAAGGCCAGUCUUGGUUCUUCAGAAUGAUGCCCUCUACUCCCAGAGGCGACCCUAUACCAGUGAGGAUGAAGCCUGGAAAUCCUUUCUUGAAAACCCUCUUACAGCGGCCACUAAAGCCAUGAUGAGCAUCAACGGGGAUGAAGACAGUGCUGCUGCUCUUGGACUGCUGUACGACUACUAUAAGGUUCCCCGUGAAAGGAGAACACCGGCAGUGAAACCAGACGCAGAUCACUCUGAGCAGGAUCAUGGCAAAAGGAACAGCAUGCCAAGCAUGACGGAACAGUCGCUCAUAUCUACUGGCGAAAACCGAGUUCAAGUCUUGAAAAACAUGCCUUUGAAUAUUGUCCUUCCGCACACUUCCCAAAUGGCUGUUGACAAGAGGGGUCACCUGACAACUCCAGACACAACUGUCACAGUAUCGGUGGCAUCCAUGCCGACCCAUUCGAUCAAGACGGAAACACAGUCACACAGCUUCACUGUCGGCAUUCCUCCGGCUGUCUAUCACCCUGAGGUGCCUGAACGGGUGGUGGUUUUAGACAGGAGCCUCAACCCUGACCAGUUCAGUUCCAGCUCCCAGCCUCAGAAUUCCCAGCGGCGUACUCCAGAUUCCACUUUCCCAGAGCCUUUUAAAGAAGGAGUGCAAGAGGUUUUCUUUCCUGCCGAGCUGAAUCUCCGGAUGGCCAGCAUAAAUUCUGAAGACUAUGUGUUUGAAAGCAUUGCUGGGAACAACUUUGAAUACACUCUGGAAGCUUCCAAAUCGCUUCGGCAAAAGCCAGGGGAUAAUACAAUGACUUACCUAAACAAGGGCCAGUUUUAUCCAAUAACGCUGAAGGAAAUUAGCGGUGGUGAAGGAAUCCAUCAACCCAUUAGCAAAGUUCGAAGUGUUAUCAUGGUUGUAUUUGCCGAAGACAAAACAAGAGAGGAUCAGCUCAGGCACUGGAAGUACUGGCACUCCAGGCAGCACACAGCCAAACAAAGGUGCAUUGACAUAGCUGAUUACAAGGAAAGCUUCAACACCAUCAGUAACAUAGAGGAGAUAGCGUACAAUGCCAUCUCCUUCACUUGGGACAUCAACGAUGAAGCUAAGGUCUUCAUUGCUGUGAACUGCCUCAGUACAGACUUCUCUUCUCAGAAGGGUGUCAAAGGCCUUCCCCUGAAUCUUCAAAUUGACACCUACAGCUACAACAACAGGAGCAACAAACCUGUCCACAGAGCUUACUGCCAGAUCAAAGUCUUUUGCGACAAGGGGGCAGAGAGGAAGAUCAGGGAUGAGGAACGAAAACAAAGCAAAAGAAAAGGCAAGUGCACUGACCCCAGCUCUCAGCUGAACGCCUUUCCCGAUGUUAAAGUACCCAUGCUUCCCUCUCACAAGCGGACAGAUAUCACUGUCUUCAAGCCGUUUAUGGAUCUUGAAACUCAACCGGUUCUUUUCAUACCUGAUGUUCACUAUUCUAAUCUGCAACGCGGAGCUCAUGUUUUUCCUGUUGCAUCUGAUGAACUGGAAGGUGAAAGCUCUGCCAUGAAGAGGGGGUCUUACAUCAAUGAAGAUGAUUUUGCUGCCACCCCAAUUAAACUGACCAGAAUAGAAGAACCCAAAAGAGUGUUGCUGUAUGUCCGGAAGGAAUCUGAAGAAGUCUUUGAUGCCCUCAUGCUCAAAAUUCCAUCUCUGAAAGGUCUAAUGGAAGCUAUCUCUGACAAAUAUGAUAUUCCUUUGGAUAAAAUUGGGAAAGUCUUCAAGAAAUGUAAAAAAGGCAUCCUAGUGAAUAUGGAUGACAACAUUGUAAAGCACUACUCCAAUGAAGAUACCUUCCAGUUACAGAUUGAAGAGACUGAUGGAUCUUACAAACUCACUCUCACCGAGAUCUAAGCUUAUUUGGGGCCUUCUGUGUGGAUUUUAUAUGAAGAUUGUGAACACAAACCUCUCAUUACUGUGUUCUCAGGAUUAAAUUUGCCUCCAGGGGAAAAGCCAUUAUUCUUCCAGGGAAGAAUACCUUCUGUUGUUAAAGCAAGGCUGAUACAUUUCAGUCCUUCUGGCAGCACCUCUUAGUGAAUGAAAGUUACUGAACUGAUUUUUCCAAGAUGGCAGAUCUUAGCAAAGCACUAUAAAAUGACCGUCUGGUGAGAUC